GGGGCGCGGCGGCGAUCCGGGCAGGGUCGCGGAUGCGGGGCCGAGGGCGGGGGGCACCGGGCGGGGCUCUGCCGGGACCCCCCAAACUCCCGGGUACCCCCGGCCUGAGCGCCCCCCGAGUCCGCCCAGGGCUGGGGUCGCGCCCGGCGUCGGGGGCGGGCUCGCGGGGUCCCGCGGGGCGCAGGGCCGCGGUUCAGGACUUCUUCCGCGGCCGGGGCUGGCGCGGGGUCCGGCGGCCUGACCCGGGGAGGCGCCCCCGGACUCGGGGUCACCGGAAGCCGCCCCGCGGGGCACCUGGGGGGGCUCGCCCUGGAGAUCAGCGCCUCCCCCCCCCGGCCUCCAGUGGGGCCGCAGAACGCGGGGCGCCCGCUCCCACCUGGCGACGUCCCCGCGCCGAGCUCAGGCUGCAGCGUCCCGCGCUGGCACAGGUUUCAGCUGAAAGCGAGUUAAAAUACCAGAAUCUGUGAUCAUUCAGACCUGAGCUGCACAGACAUUCACUUCUGGAAAACUUCUGCUGAGCUAGGAACGCAGUGGCCGGAGGCUUCAGGGACUUGGGAUCCAGCCAACCAUCCCUGACGUCUGUCGUCGCCGGCGUUUAUUGAGAGCUGCAGACACACAUGGGUCAUUUCACUUGCUGCGGAAGCAAGCCCUGAGUGGAGUGGGGCUGUCCUACCGUCCACCUUAGGAAACUGAGGCACGGCCCAGCCCCACCCCUUCCCCACUGGCCCUGGGCCCCCAGUGCCACGGAGCUUUGGAUGGGGCCCCAGUAAUGAGGUUGCUUGCUUAGGACCUCAUUUGCUAACUACUUGUUUAAUUGCACUUGGAAAGUUAUCACUUCUAUGUAAAUAGGUUAUAUUCCACAAUAAGAAAAAAAAGUAGCAAAAGCUUAA